AUGAACUGCAAGGAAGAAGAUGACAACUGCACUGACGGGAGCAGCAAUAACACGAAGAAGAUGUUAAAAUGCGUAGUGGUUGGGGAUGGUGCAGUUGGGAAAACCUGUUUGCUGAUGAGUUAUGCCAACGAUGCCUUCCCAGAGGAGUACGUCCCUACUGUGUUUGACCAUUAUGCAGUAACUGUGACUGUGGGAGGACAACAACACUUGCUGGGACUAUAUGACACUGCUGGGCAGGAGGACUACAACCAGCUGAGACCCCUGUCCUACCCCAACACGGACGUGUUCUUGAUCUGCUUCUCAGUGGUGAACCCCGCCUCGUACCACAACGUCCAGGAGGAGUGGGUGCCCGAGCUGAAAGUCUGCAUGCCCAACGUGCCUUACGUCCUCAUAGGAACACAGAUUGAUCUCCGGGAUGAUCCCAAAACUUUGGCUCGGCUGCUUUACAUGAAGGAGAAACCACUCACCUACGAGCACGGAGUGAAGCUAGCAAAGGAGAUCGGAGCACAGUGCUACCUGGAGUGCUCAGCCCUCACGCAGAAAGGCCUUAAGACUGUCUUUGAUGAGGCAAUCCUGACCAUUUUCCACCCCAAGAAGAAGAAGAAGCGUUGUGCAAAGUGCCACAGCUGCUGCACCCUUGUGUGA